GAAACAGCUUCUAAAACAAGUUUUUCUGGCAAGGCAAGAUGUUUUUUUCCCCUUAUACUGUGCUGUUUGUGCCAUUUAUUACAGUAGCUUUAGGAAGUGACUUCCUUGUCACAACUGCUUGGAUGUGGUCAGAUCUAGCUUAAAGCGAGCUGCUCUUGUCCAGACCACCUGCAAUAACACUUGAAUUUACAAAGGAUUCUAAAAUGGAACAAGAAGUCUUUCUGUCUCAAACCAAACCUUUUAACUGGGAUAUCAAUGAUAUGAAACUGCCACAGGACUUGGAGAAAACUGACUGGUUCCAGGAGUGGCCCGAUUCCUAUGUAAAACACAUCUACAGCUCUUCGGAUAAACAUGCACAGAGACACCUGAGUGGCUGGGCUAUGCGUAAUACCAACAAUCAUAAUUCUCGUAUUUUGAAGAAGUCUUGCCUUGGUGUCCUUGUCUGCAGCAACGACUGCACAACUCCAGGAGGCAAAAAGAUAUACCUGAGACCUGCCAUUUGUGACAAAGCACGGCAGAAACAGCAAAGUAAACAAUGUCCAAAUUGCAAAGGGCCAUUGAAACUCGUGUCUUGUCGUGGCCAUGGUGGAUUUCCUGUGACCAACUUCUGGAGGCAUGAAGGACAAUUUAUAUAUUUUCAGACAAAGGGAGGUCAUGACCACCCAAAACCAGAAACAAAGCUUGAAUCAGACAGCAGAAAGUCAGUGAAUAAGAGGCGCACAUCAAUCGAAUCCACCUCUGCAGAAUAUAGAUGGAACAAGAAUUCUGAGCCUCUUGCAGGUGAAAUCCAGAACCAGGAUAUCCUCUCCAGUGCAGCUUUUCAUCAGGAGGUUUGCCCAACCUACUACGACUUUAAGGAUAUGGAGAUAGACCAAUCAUUAUCGGAGCACAUGCUGAACAACUGCUUGCCCCUAACAAAGACGUACAACUAUUUCACUGACACUUUAAACAAUCUGGGCUGGAGCAAAGACACUAGAAGUGGCAGCCUCAAUGACAGCGAGGACUACAAUGAAUCUGAUCUGAUUGCUUCUGCUAUGGAUUUUGAUUUACACAGUGAUGAAGACCAACAAGCAGGGAAUAAUUCUCUCUUUGAAAAGAAACAACCACUUGAUGAUUUGUGCUGGGAUAUGACAUCUUUAAAUGAUCCCCACACUAGCCAGCCAAUGCAAGUUAUGGAGUUUCCAUCCAAACUCAGAGUGGCCACCUUAAAUUCCAUGGCAGAUACUCACCUAUCACCUGAAUACCAACAAACUCAGGAAGAGUCUUACCUUUACAGAUUUACAGAUACACCUUUAUAGCACUGAACUACUAGGACAGUGAUGGCGAACCUUGGCUCCCCAGAUGUUUUGGAACUACAUUUCCCAUGAUGCUCAACUACACUGCAG